AUGGAUAUUGGUGAUAACUAUUACGAUCCAGAAACUGAUGACGAACAGGACGAUAUCGAUACAACAAAUUCACGUAUCAAAGAAUUUGAAGAAGAUAUUGAUCAUCAUCUGCGUACGGCACAAGAUGAAUGGGAAUACCAUUUAUUGAAGCUAUAUCGUUUGAUGAAAAAAAAAGAUAGAAGCGCACUUCUGAAAGGUGCUGAAAAGUUGGCUGGAAUUCAUUAA